CCAGGACAUAACCCAAUUGAGGACAGGCUUUUGCUCAAACAUGGGAAGCAUAAGAGAAGUGAUUUGGUCCGGUGUUCUAGUUCUUGUAUGGCUAAUCCCUAAGGCUUCCACACAGCUGAAGGAGCCACAAGUGCCUUGUUUCUUCAUCUUUGGUGACUCUUUGGUAGAUAAUGGUAAUAAUAACAGGAUGCUUACACUUGCUAGGGCUAAUUACAUGCCUUAUGGCAUCGACUUUCCUCAGGGUGCCACUGGCCGAUUUACCAAUGGUCGAACAUAUGUCGAUGCACUAGCUCAACUUCUGGGGUUUCAAAAUUAUAUUCCGCCCUAUGAAAGAACUCGAGGCCGUGCAAUUUUGAUGGGAGUGAAUUAUGCAUCUGGAGCAGCUGGCAUUAGAGAUGAAACAGGGAACAAUCUGGGAGAUCACACAUCAAUGAACCAGCAGGUAAACAACUUUGGUAACACAGUGCAAGAAAUGAGGAGAUUUUUCAGAGGGGAUGCAAAUGCAUUGAAUGGUUAUCUGAGCAAGUGUAUAUUCUAUUCUGGAAUGGGAAGCAAUGACUAUCUUAACAACUAUUUCAUGCCCACUUUCUACACAACUAGCUCUGAUUACACUGCCAAAGCUUUUGCUGCUGUGCUUCUUCAGGAUUACUCUCGCCAGCUAACGCAAUUAUAUGAAUUGGGAGCUCGGAAAGUGAUAGUAACAGGAGUAGGUCAAAUUGGUUGCAUUCCAUAUCAGCUGGCAAGGUACGAUGGAAAUAACAGUCGCGGUCGCUGCGAUGAGAAAAUCAACAAGGCCAUUUCUCUUUUCAACUCUGGACUCUUCAAGCUCCUUCAAUCUUUCAAUAAUGGCAAACUUCCUGGUGCCAAAUUUGUUUACCUCGAUUCCUAUAAAAGCACCAAUGAUCUUUAUCUCAAUGCCUCCACUUAUGGAUUUGAAGUGAUAGACAAGGGAUGCUGUGGGGUGGGAAGGAACAAUGGGCAGAUAACUUGUCUUCCUCUUCAGCAACCUUGCGAAGAUCGCAGAAAGUAUUUAUUUUGGGAUGCCUUUCAUCCAACUGAAUUAGCAAAUAUUUUACUUGCUAAAUCAACAUUUACUUCACUGUCAUACACCUAUCCCAUUAAUAUCCGGCAACUUGCAAUGUUAUGAGAGGCUAGUGAUUUCACGUCAAGAUAUGUAUCCUGCAAGGGCUAGCAGAGUGAGCUUGCCAUUUUAAGGAUUGUGAUGUAUCCUUACUAUUGUCAUAAAUUAUUUAACAACUAAAAAUAAAGGAUAGUCAUUUUAUUUAA